GGAGGGGCUGAUGAAGCAGCUGGGGCUGGUCGUGCUCAGUGCUAGAGAGAAAGUACCACGUCUCCACUUCCUAUCUGAGGACGAUCUGUUAUCAGUGCUGACUAACGCUGACUCUCUAGCUACUGCUAAGCACGUCACCACUGCCUGCUUCCCUCAUAUCCUGGACAUUACUGUGGAACCUCGUAUGGACGAGAAAGAUCCACCAAAGAUUACACACAUCCACGGUAUUGGUGGGGAAGUAGUUCCGUUGAUACAGCCUGUUAUUCUAUCCGCUAAACUUCUUGAAUGGUUACCCCAGCUCCAGGCUAUGAUAGUAUCCACACUCCACAACAUGAUGCACUACUCUUUGCUUAAUGUGGAGAAAACUGAGCUGAAGUGUGGACUCCUGGAAUCUUUACUUGGGGACCUGAACGUUCAGAGUGAUCCCUACUCAGAGAGCGGCUCUCACAAGAAAUACAUACAAACGGAGGGAAAUAUCCAAACCUGGCUCGCUGAUUACCCCUUCCAGUGUAUCCUGACUACACAUAACGUGGUUUUCACCAUCAAUCUGAGUCAGUGGAUUAGCAAGAGAAUUAGCUACGCAGAUAUCAAUACCUGGGUCCAGAACUCCUACGAGACUCUAGUGAGAACACUGAGGGAGCUGAACACGAGGUGUCCCCUGUCUAACAGGAAGAGUGCUGCUCUACAGAGCCUGCUCUUACAGUUCCUCGCUCAGAGGGACAGACUUAAUGCUCUACGAACAGUUGAAGUACUCUCCCCGACCUCGUUUGCUGUGUUGGCAGUCCCCAAGUUCACUAUCUCCCCUCAGCUGGGUAGGUUCGACUGGCUGAGUUCCAUGUUACCUGCCAAUAUCAACAAGUCCUCUCCACGCAUCGAUAUCACAGUGAGCCAACUAACCGCUGAAAUGACUUACGACUACGAGUACCUUGGCAGAUACAGCCGCCUGGUGAUAACACCUAUCACCGAGAGAGUACAGUUCAGUUUGGUAGCUGCUGUCACCCUCAGGCAAACUCUGGCUAUCACAGGACCUUCUAAUUCUGGAAAGUUCGAAACUGUCAAGGACUAUGCUAAUAUGUUGGGUAGAUACUGCGUGGAAUACUCGGACACCUUGCAACCUCUCCUACUCUCUCACCUUUUAGCUGGACUCAUCCAGACUGGCUGCUGGAUGGUAGUGAGGAUGUUUGAGAGAUCUGAUCUGCUUUCAGAGUUGGGACAAGUACUUCAAGGCAUUCACCGCGGGUUCGCUUCGUUGGCGGAUGCUAGACUUUUUAACGAGCAGAAGUGCCCCGUUAUACCUUCCUUCCAUCACGAGGAGAGACCUGCAUCACACGAACCCUCCAGUAAAAUUAACAGGGAAUUCCAGACCCCGUCGCCACUACGACCUGACACAGUGUCUGCUCAACUAAACCUCAGCUCGGAGCACAGCCCCCCGGUUCCCAACUAUCUGGGGAACAUCAUGGUCGGGGACACUCUUGUUCCGGCUAGCGGCUCCUUCCAGUGUAUUCUUACUCUGCCACGCAGUCAGCCUCUUCCUCUUAAUCUCAAGGACUGUUGCCGGGGUAUGAGUAUGAUGUUGCCAGAUCUAGAUACUAUUAUCCUCGCCAAGUUGAUCUCAGCAGGCUACAAGUUCUACGAUCAUCUCUCAAUAAAGCUCAGCUGUUUUAUCACAUACCUUGAUCCAAUGGUGGUCAAUUUGGAACUGUAUACCCUGCCAAUUGUGAAGAGUAUUCUCAACUACGCCACUUCGUCAAUCUUAACCCAGGAGUCAACCAGUGAGCAGUUCAGCACAGUGUCUAUCUCAUCAGUAGAGGAGACAAUGACCCAGAUAGAGGAGGAGAGACUGCUGAUAGAUGCUGUGGUCAGUGCUCUUACUCCCAUGCUGUCUACUCACCAGCGCGGCCUCAUGAAACAGGUACUACAAGAAGUGUUCCCCCUCUCUGUUUCCCACGUGUACAACAUGACCGUGCCACCACGUGUUAGAGCCAUGAUACACGAGCAGUUUGAGAGUAACAAGUAUGAGGUGGUCCCGGCAAUGCUCGAGAAGACUCUAGAGUUAUACCAUGUGAUACAGAACAGGAAGUGUGUUAUUGUAACGGGGCCCACUGGGUGUGGCAAAACUACCAUGUUCAGGCUCCUUAGCAACGCUAUCAACUUCAUGCAGGCAACAGAAGCGCGCGCGCAGAAGGAGAUGGAGCAGAGAGGAAUACCCAGCACAAGGAAACCGAGCUCGUAUACAAUAACACCCAGCGUGUCUAAAUUCGGGACUCCGCACCCCACAGAGUACGGAUCACGUGACCCCUCUGUGAUGGGAACAGCUCCACCCUCUACCACUGACAAGAGACAACGCUCAGUCAGGAACGACAAGCUGAAGGGUCUGAUCAGUAAGACUCUUAUCGCACCUCAGAAAGCUCUCAAUAUCCUACAUAAACCUGAUACAAGGGUUGAUUCGGUGAUGUCCAGCAAUCAUGAUACUCCUCAAGCAGAGACCCAGAAAAUAAGAACCCUCCGAUUAUUUGUCAACACCCUUACCUUUGACGAGUUCGUUGGAUCAGGCGUGUUGGGAUCAGAGGACGGUAUCUUCAUCAGUAUGUGUAAGAAGUUCAGCUCCACAUCCUCACUGGAUAACACCUUACAGAACUGGAUAAUGCUGGAUGGAAACAUAAAGACCUACAUGGAGAGUCUGCUCUCUACUGCUAUUUCUAACAGGGUCAUUUCCUCCUUAGACGCUUCUCAGAUAAGGAUAAGAGACAACAUUCAGUUCUUUGUUGAAACUGAUAGUUUGGCGGACAUCUCUCCUUCUUUUAUCACCAAAUGUGGUGUUGUGGUGAUGAACAGUAACAAUGUGGGCUGGAGACAGCGCUUCAGGUCUUGGUUAAAGAAAGCAGAGAAAGACUUCUACCUGACAAAAGCUCGAGUGUUUACUCUGACAGUGCUUAUGGAGACGUUCAUAGGGCAGAUGAUCCAGUUCCUAGAUGUUCAUAUGAAGUUCAUUGUGCGAACUGACAAGAAUCACACGCAAGAGGUAUCUUCUCUGCUGCGGUGGCUGAAUGUACUCUUCGGUAGAUAUAUUGGGCAGCAGAGUGCGGAAGAGGGUAAUUCAGAAGAUUACCUGAACAGUAUCACUAUCCUUAUCUUCAUUAUGGCAUACGUGUGGUCGUUUGGAUCUAAUAUCCAGGCAGGAUGUAUUGGAGCAUUUAGCGACUUUGUAAAGCAACAGAUACAAGAGUCAAACCACAAGGUUAACCAUCCGAGUACCGGCACUGUGUUCGACUGGUGUAUCAACGCUGACAAACUCAGGUUUGACCUAUGGAAGGAUUUCUUCGCGGAUCUGAAGCCCCAGUCCUCAGUAACAUUCACUACCACAAUACUUCACGAGACUACCCUUCAUCUAACGGAACUGCUGCAGAGCGCUGGUGUUCCGGUGAUGAUUGCUGGACCUUCCUCCUCCGGCAAAUCUUCCUUCAUACAGAACUGUGUCUUUCCCAAACUGCAUCCUACUAAAAUCAAGGUAUCCCAUCUGAGUACGAAGAGAGGUCUGGAGGACAGUAUAGAGAACAAGCUUAUUCAGUUCCAGAGACGGCAACAAGCCAUGGCCACCUCCAUUAUUCCCUCUCUACUGAUAGAAGACUUUAAUGUUAUCCCUAAUAGAGGAUCCAAGAUUGGUUUACAAGAAGUGUUAAGAAAGGUACUGGCACACGGUGAAACAUACAGCUUUAAACGGAGAGUAUUCCGCAACUUGGGCUCCACCCAUCUCAUUCUCACCUGUAACUCAGUGGACUCAGUAGGAGCUGGAGGUGAUGUGGCUGUUGGCAAUGUCAUCGAGAGACUCUCCAAGAGUUUCAACAUCCUCCCGUACCACGAGCCCUCCGAAUAUGAGUGGAGGGGAAUAUUUUACCCAAUAGUCCUGGCUUGGUUGGACGACUUUCCCGCCUACAAACUUAACAUGAAGUCAAUCCUUGCCACGGCUAUUGUCGGGGCUACUUGUCAAAUAUACGAGAUCCUGAAAGAGAGACUGAAACCCAUACCCGGCUUCACUCACUGUAUUUUCGACGCCCACUCGCUGUCUCAAGUGUUUCAGGGCAUAUUCCUGCUCUCCCCCACCUCGAAGUUCCGGCAACUGAGGCAACCUUUGAAAGGCUCAACCGGGCACCAGGACAGAAGGCGAGGGCAGUCCCUCUGCAAGUCCAAGUCUGUGGCAACUGACAGGUAUAUGUGUAAAACUGUAGCUCAUCUCUGGAAUCACGAAGUUCAGAGGAUAUUCUCAGAUAGGAUUUGUGACGACCAGAUCCGUAGUGAGGUUUACAGGAACACUAAUGAUGUUAUGAAGAAGUUUUUCUGUCGACCAGUUGUUGACAUUGACAGUAACAAUAAAGAAACUGCGCGGAAACUUGAGGGAUGUUCUCUACCAAUCUGACUACCAACAUGAAGAAGUACAUUCUGGGACUCCUCCUAGAGGACCUGGAGGAGAUGGAGCUAGGGGAACCUCUGUUAGAUGCUGAUGAACUUAUGGCAGAACUUCCUGUCAUCGCAUCUGAUCUUGUCUUCACAAAGCAUCUUGUAGACAACUCCGAGACGUAUGCUGAGGAAACAGUUGCUGUGAUACAAGAGAAACUUGAUUUUAUUAUGACGUCACAAAGUUUAGCGCCUAUCUUUAAUGGAACCCAAGCGUUGGUUUCAUUUUCCAGAGCUGUCAAACAUUGUGCCCGACUCUCAAGAUCGUUUAUGCUGGGUGGGUUUUCCAUUCUUCUUGGACCAUCUGGAAGUGGAAGGAAAAUACUGGCUCAGGCUACUGCUAUCGCUCACAACUAUGCGUUUAGACUGAUUCCCAGGAAGUCUGGAAGUCUUGACUUCACCCAGCUGUUACGAGACGCACUCAUUGAAGCUAACUCAGUGCCAGUGUUACUGUUUAUCGAGGAUGGAUGGACUGAAACUGACUACGCUGACUUGAUGUUCUUCAUAUCUGAGGGAAAUCACCCCAACCUGAUUGAGUCCUCCGCCCUGUCCACCUCCUCGUACGGUAACGUCAAUAUGGACAUGUUCUACAAGAGAGUACAAUCUCAGCUCCACGUAGUCAUGUCCUGAAUACUG